AGGGGAUGUCUAUGGCGUCACUAUUAAUCGUUUUAAUCUGUUUAUUUUCCCCCCCUUGCUUGACAGCAAUAGUGGCAUUUUAGCCAUUUUAUCAAAUGUUAGGCUUAAGAGAUUCCAAGCUUUUCGGUUAUUACACAAUACUUUAUUUUGGAACUGAUGAAAUAAAGGAGGGCAGCCUACAUGAGAAACGGUUUCUCAACGGCACGUUCAAAGGAUUAAUGCAGGGAAUGUAACAGAGAGGCUACUGAGGCGAAUGGACACUUUUUUGUAAUAUAAAUUAUGUAGUUCUUUGGUCAUGAAUAACGGGAUUAACUCAGCUCAAGAAAUGUGAACACACAAGAAGUAUAUAAUUUCAACGGAAUACUACAACAGUAUACUGCUAUAAUACAGGUAGUAUAAUGCUGUUAAGGUAGAACUACAUAUUGUAUGUUUAUACCAAUUUACAACCAAUUUUCAGGCGCUGGCAAUAAUUUAUAAGUCUCUUUAAUGCGUAUUAGCAGAGCAAAAUCACUGAAAACCAAACAAUCAACUUAUACUAAAAAUGUAUGUGUUUUAUGAUGUUUAGCCUGGAAGACUAGAAUUGGGCUUGUAUGGAGAAUCCAAAACUUGGGCCACCCUUGCCUGCUUGACAGAUUUAGGGUUAAGGUUAAGAUAAAUAGUUGAAGGAUAUGUAAUUUUCUGUGCUUUUGUUAUUUUGUAUACGAGUUACAAAUAUAUUGGCAUUUUAGGCGCGCAUUUACAUAUACACUAAAAGCAAAUGCGUAUAGCUACUUCAGGCCACAGACAUAACUGUUAUUUGAUUUGUCACCGCAAGACGACGUGAUGUGGCUGCUCCCGACUCCACUCCUACCGGCAUGCUGUUUCUCUGACACACAACCAUCAAUCAAUUCGUGUUUUCAUGUUGUGUAAUUCUUUAACGUUAUUGUCAAAUAAAAAAUAAAUUACACCGUGUGUAUGAAGGAAUUAGGUAUAUACAAUCGUCGUGAAAACAGUAUAUAAAUACAAUAUGCAAAAAUAUCAAAGGAUUUUGAAUUUAGUUUAAUUCAAUCCAUGCUUUCUUAAAUUGCAUUCGUACAUUCACUUGAAACGAAAGGAAAAAUGUCAUUUCAAGGUUUUCCGGAAGAUGGCGUGAGUCCUUAUGUAUAAAAUAGCAUAGCCUGCCAAGCCUGGAAUUAUUUUCAAACAGAAGCACCUUUCGUUUAGCAAAGGGACAAUGAUGCUGUUAUAAUGGAUAUAUGCUGUCCGGAGAGGGAUGCAUUUGGGGCUGCUCGAGAUACCUUUGAUAUCAUUUACAAAAGAUAUCUAACGUUUGGUCGCCACACUUUAUAAGAAAACAUUGCUCUAAAAAUGAUAAACUAUCGCUGUUUUAAGUAGCAUUUAAACUUCCCAGUACUGAGAGGUGAAUUAGAAAGAUACCUGAUAUUAAUCGAGUCUUAUCCUUCGCUUAAUUAAAUGAUGCACCUCAGCGGUAAAUGUGGUUUUAUAAUUACUAAAGCAUUCAAAAAAAUCUACCGUGUAAGAAAUGACUGAAAUAAGUUAAUUAGGACUAGAAAUCUUGGGACAAGGUCUUCCAGGGGGAUUGCUUCCUGUCUUGCCGCCGAUGCAAUUUUCCAAGGAAGACGGAGCUCUCGAGGGGACAUUUAAAUCGAAAGCUCACCACUGCGACUCAACCGGGGCUACGUCCAAAAUGUGCAGUGAAUGCUACACAAACCAGACGUUUGUUUACGAUGAUGGGACCGCGCACGAACACACAGCCAGGCCUUCACCUGAGACUGUUCAGAAGAACAACAGCAGCAACACCGGAGUUAUUCUGGAUAUUUCCGCACUCAAGAUGACCGAGGUGGACUCGGAGGUCCCCCCACUUCCGCCUCGGUACCGAUUUCGCGAUUUACUGCUUGGGGACCAGUCCUUCCAAAACGACGACAGGGUGCAGGUGGAGUUCUACGUGAAUGAGAACACAUUCAAGGAGAGGCUGAAACUUUUCUUCAUAAAAAACCAAAGAUCAAGUCUUAGAAUUCGGAUCUUCAACUUCUGCCUGAAGCUGCUGACAUGCCUCCUGUACACUGUUCGGGUUAUGCUGGACAAAUCGGCUGACAACUGGUCUCACUGUGCAGACUGUCAGUUGAACAAGACCACGUACGCAACAGGCAUCAACUGUGUGGACUGUCAGUUGAACAAAACCACAUACUCAACAGGCAUAAACUGGGAGGUGAUAUUCUGGGUUGACAGGAAGCUCUAUGUGUGGGCGAUACAGGUGAUCGUAGCCUUAAUCAGUUUUCUAGAGGCCAUGCUCCUGACGUACCUCAGCUACAAGGGCAACAUUUGGGAGCAGAUGUUCCAGGUGUCAUUUCUCUUGGAGAUGAUCAACACAGUGCCCUUCAUCAUCACGAUAUUUUGGCCUCCACUGAGGAACAUCUUCAUCCCCGUGUUUCUCAAUUGCUGGCUAGCCAAGUGUGCACUGGAGAAUAUGAUCAAUGAUCUACACCGAGCCAUACAGCGGACACACUCUGCCAUGUUCAACCAGGUUCUCAUUCUCAUCUGCACCCUGCUGUGUCUGGUCUUCACUGGGACAUGUGGUAUCCAGCAUCUAGAGAGAGCAGGGAGGAACCUCAGCCUGUUCAAGUCCCUGUAUUUCUGCAUUGUUACCUUCUCCACUGUGGGAUAUGGCGAUGUAACACCUCAGAUCUGGCCCUCCCAGCUGCUAGUGGUCAUCAUGAUCUGCGUGGCUCUGGUAGUGCUCCCUCUGCAGUUUGAGGAGCUGAUAUACUUGUGGAUGGAGCGGCAGAAGUCUGGCGGGAACUACAGCCGCCAUCGUGCUCAGACAGAGAAGCAUGUUGUGCUGUGUGUCAGUUCCCUCAAGAUCGACCUGCUCAUGGACUUCCUGAACGAGUUCUAUGCUCAUCCCAGACUGCAGGAUUACUAUGUGGUGAUACUCUGUCCCACGGAGAUGGACAUCCAGGUGCGUCGAGUCCUGCAGAUCCCACUCUGGUCCCAGAGGGUCAUCUACCUUCAGGGCUCUGUUCUGAAGGACCAGGAUUUAAUGAGGGCCAAGAUGGACGAUGCAGAGUCCUGUUUCAUUCUGAGCAGCAGGAAUGAGGUGGACCGCACUGCUGCAGACCACCAGACCAUCCUGAGAGCUUGGGCUGUAAAGGACUUUGCUCCAAACUGCCCGCUUUAUGUCCAGAUCCUCAAACCAGAGAACAAGUUUCACGUGAAGUUUGCUGAUCAUGUCGUCUGUGAAGAAGAGUUCAAGUAUGCCAUGUUGGCCCUGAACUGUGUAUGUCCUGCAACAUCCACACUGGUCACACUCCUUGUUCACACAUCCCGUGGACAGCAGGUAUUUUAUUGUAGGGAAGGCCAGCAAUCCCCCGAGCAAUGGCAGAGAAUGUAUGGCCGUUGCUCAGGCAACGAAGUCUACCACAUCCGCCUCAGUGACAGCAAGUUCUUUGGGGAGUAUGACAGCAAAAGCUUCACCUAUGCCUCCUUCCAUGCUCACAAGAAGUAUGGCGUGUGCUUGAUCGGAGUGAAGAGGGAAGACAACAAGAGCAUCCUGCUGAACCCUGGCCCACGCCACAUCAUGGCCGUCUCUGACACCUGCUACUACAUCAACAUCACCAAGGAGGAGAACUCCGCCUUCAUCUUCAAACAGGAAGAGAAGCACAAGAGGAAGGGGAAGUCACCGGGCGGCCUGUACGACGCCCCCUCCCGCCUCCCCGUCCACAGCAUCAUCGCUAGCAUGGGAACAGUAGCCAUGGACCUGCAGAGCACAAACCCGCCCGACAGCAGCAGCAGCAAGCUGGCCCUGCCCACGGAGAACGGGUCCGAGAGCCGGCGGCCCAGCAUCGCCCCCGUGCUGGAGAUCGCCGACUCUGCCGCCAUCCUGCCGUGCGACUUCCUCGGUGACCAAUCGGAGGACGAGAUGACCCAGUCGGACGAUGAAGGGUCAUCCAUUUGCGACUAUGUGAAAGGAUACCCACCCAAUUCCCCCUAUAUUGGGAGCUCCCCCACCCUCUGCCAUCUGCUGCCCCAGAAAGCCCCGUUCUGCUGCCUGCGACUAGACAAGGGCUGCAAGCACAACAGCUUUGAGGAUGCCAAAGCCUACGGCUUUAAGAACAAGCUCAUCAUCGUGUCUGCCGAGACAGCGGGGAAUGGCUUAUAUAAUUUCAUUGUUCCUCUUCGAGCCUACUACCGUUCCCGAAAGGAGCUGAACCCUAUCGUGCUGCUCUUGGACUACCCGCCAGACAACCACUUUUUAGAAGCUAUAUGUUGUUUCCCAAUGGUUUACUUCAUGGCUGGGACCAUUGACAAUCUGGAUAACUUGUUGCAGUGUGGGAUAAUUUAUGCUGACAAUCUGGUGGUGGUGGACAAGGAGAGCACCAUGAGUGCAGAAGAGGACUACAUGGCCGAUGCCAAAACUAUUGUUAAUGUUCAGACGAUGUUCAGGUUAUUCCCCAGUCUAAGCAUCAUCACUGAACUCACCCAUCCCUCUAACAUGAGGUUCAUGCAGUUCAGAGCAAAGGACUGCUACUCGCUGGCUCUGUCCAAGCUGGAAAAGAAAGAGCGUGACAAGGGCUCCAACCUGGCCUUCAUGUUCCGCCUCCCGUUUGCUGCAGGCAGGGUGUUCAGCAUCAGUAUGCUCGACACACUGCUCUACCAGUCAUUCGUGAAGGACUACAUGAUUCCCAUCGCAAGACUUUUAUUAGGCCUGGACACCACGCCUGGCUCUGGCUACCUGUGUGCGAUGAAGGUGAGCGAGGAGGACCUGUGGAUCCGGACCUAUGGAAGGCUGUUCCAGAAGCUCUGCUCCUCCAGCGCAGAAAUCCCCAUUGGAAUCUACCGCACAGAGUCGCACAUGUUCUCCUCCUCAGAGUGUAAGGAUAUUUGCAGACAGUCGCAGGUCUCCAUAAACGUGGAGGACUGUGAGGACACCAGGGAACGGCCGGAGUCAUGGAAGGAAAAGACCUCCCAGCGGAACUCCAUGGGCAGUGACCAAUCGGAGCACCCCCUGCUGAGGAGGAAGAGCAUGCAGUGGGCACGCCGCCUAAGCAGGAAGAACACCAAACCUCCGAGCCGGACUGAGCGCAUCAACCAGCAGCGCCUUAACCUGUCCCGCCGGUCCGAGAGGCAGGAGCUGUCGGAGCUCGUCAAGAACCGGAUGAAGCACCUGGGGCUACCCACCACCGGAUAUGAGGAUGUUGCUAAUUUAACUGCAAGCGAUGUGAUGAAUCGGGUAAACCUAGGAUAUUUGCAAGGUAAUUCCCCACAUGAAAUGAAUGACCACCAGAACACAUUGUCCUACGUCCUGAUCAACCCCACGCCGGACACCAGACUGGAGCUCAAUGACAUCGUGUACCUGAUCCGCUCCGACCCUCUGGCGCACGUGCCCGACGACCCCCCGGCCAGGCCGAGCGGCGGGAGGAUGAGGCAGGAGCUCGGCAUGGAGACCAGAGACGAGACCCAGCUCUGAGCCCCUCCGCCAGAGCGCGACGGCAGAGGCGGCCCAGUUCACAAAGAGUGCCUAGAUUGACUGAGAGAUAAUCGGAAUGGAGACAGCCCACCUGGUGCGGAGUGCAGGCGACGCACGGCGAUCCCCCGGCAACACGUGCAGCUCCUCCUGCGUCCGAGGCACAGCUGUGCCCAAGAGAGGGGCGGAGUCACUGCAUGGGGUGGGGCCAGAGGGAGGACCCUGGCGGAAUGUAAUGGAGCUGAGAGGAUCGUGUUGUACACAGGAACGCCCUCACUGUUCCUCCGUACAACGAGUGACCUCAGAUCCUUGGAACACCCCCCCCCUCCCCCCCACCCACCCACUUCCUCCCAGUUCUGUAGAAAUCAAAUACCGAAUGGUUCCUGGGUGGAAUUCACACCACCAGGCACUACGACAAAAGAAAUCCAUCACGCAUUGUCCGUGUGGCUGUUGACUCCUCUCUCUUUAACCACCUGUGCUACUUGAGUGCAAUGGCUGCUCCAUCACAAACCCCUGGAACAGAUAAUCUGCUGCAUAGCAUGUGGUGCAGAAUGCCUUCAGACCUCACAUGUUCAUACCCUGCUGAGUUCAGCAUGGCACCGCGGUGGCUACUUUUAGCAGUAGCUGGUGAGGAGUCCGAUGGACAUGCUUGAUUUCUAAGUAGAUGAUGCACCACCAAGCACUGAUCUACUGGACUUGGCCUUACUCAGGGCUCCCCCAGGAAGAGGUGAUGAUGGGUAAGGCCCAUAGAUGUGGUCAGGUUGUAAUCCCUUUAUAUAGUUUGAGGAAUUUUGUUUUAUUUAACUUUAUAUUUUUUAUUUCAUACCAAGUAAAUUAAUAAAUUACUAAUUUUAUUUAUUUAUUUUUUUGUCACUUUUGAUGUUGUUUUGACAUACUGAUAUCUUGCACAGAAGCCAAUAUACAGUAUUUACAUGACUCAUCACCAGCGACACCCUAUCAAAUCAUAACCAAUCCAGCAACCAGGUCAGACAUUGGUACAGUAAAGUCACUCUGGUAAAUUUUCAUCAUGCAUUCAUAUCAUCAAUUCAUAUCAUAUUUUAUAGACGGUGAUGUCUAUGAAAGGGAACCCUAAAGAGACGAGCAGGGAGUUGUUUACUGGUAUAAGCAAGUCUUGAGUACUUGCUAAACUGCUGCUCUUUUAUUAUUUAUUAACUUGUUGCUCAUGAAGUAGAUCUGCCUGAUUUUCCAUUGAUGAGUACUUUAAUGUAAUGGUUUUGCUCUUUUCCUUUUGGAUUUCACAGUGUGUCCUUCUAUUGCCACGCUGCUUUCCUCACAUAGUUGCAUGUGUCUGAAAAAGAGAGAACAAAAAGGUUAAUAUGAUGUCACAAAUAAGAUCAUUAAUUUAAUGAUUUGUAAUGUAAUACAUUUUUUUUUAGAAAUCUUUGUUAAUGUCAGCAAAAGGCUUUAGUACAAUACUGUAUAAUUUAGGGUAUGUUAUCUUAGAUUGAAAAAGAAAAAAACACAUGUCACUUUGCAUUAUCACUUUUCUAUAUUGUAAUUGAAAGCUGAUAAUUUGUCAUAACUUUUGUGAAGCUGUGUUCCUUGUUGGGAGUAUUACUGGUGCUUGCAGGAUGAAGUCAUGUCUUCUGGAAAAGUAUCAGUUACACUACAACAGAUUAAGGUUUGCAUUGUUUUGACAUUAGAGAUUGUAGUUUAACAUAUACUUUUGACUGAAAAUCAGAAUAGCAUAUUGUUAGCACCUUUCGGUUCAGCAUUAUAUUAUUGCAAAUUAAAUUGGUCACUGCAUUCCCAGCAGAAUGGGAAGUGUCAGGGAAACGUCAUUUGGUGUCACCUGCUUUAAACUGCAGUCUGAAUAUUCCUUUGUGCCAUGUGGUUUUGAGGGGGGCCAGUCUACCAACCAUACUAUGGGGGUAAGAGCUGGGAGCAAGAGAAAGCAACAUGGUCCCAAAGAGUGUAAUGUUUGGGUAUGAGAUUUACCUGACCUGGCCCCAAAGAGUGUAAAUCUUGGGUAUGAAAUUUACCUGACAUGGCCCCAAAGAGUGUAAAUCUUGGGUAUGAAAUUUAAAGACAAGAUGUGACAGAAAAUGACAGAAAAUGCCAUCAGGUGCUUGAAAGAUAUUUGCAGUGCUGAUACACUGUAUUUCUUUUGACUGGACUGGGUGAGAAUAUUAUAUUUGUUAUUUACGCAUUUAUUUUUGUGUUCAUUGAACCAACCCAUUUAUUGGAAAUAGGAGAGAUUUGUAGAGCUGGUUAUACAAAUGUAAAAUCGGCAUUAUCUUAUUCUUAUUAUUUAUUGCAAUUGUUACACAAGAUUUUUAGCGAACUUUUUAUUUAUGUUGCUGACAACCUUCACGCUCACUGAAAUCAACUGGUUUGAAGAAAACCAUCUUGACUACAUGCAUUCAACUUUACUACAUAAUACAUAUACUGUUUAAUAUGAAAUGUGAUUUCCUGUGUACAUUUGUAUGUUUAAUUUAUAUUAAUACUGACAUAAUUUAUUAGUAUCUGUUUUAAAUUAUCAAAGCUAGUCACUUUAAAAUAUACUGAUGUGAAUAUAUUUGUAUGCAAUCAAUGAAUUUCUCAAGUGGAAUUAGAACUCAGAUAAGGUGUCCUCUGUUAAAUGUUAUGCUUCUUUCUCAGUUUCAAUGUUAAUUUUACGUUGCUAAAUAUAAUAGAGGAACAAGAACUUUGCACUAAAAGGAUGGCAGUGUAGAUGAAGGUCAGUUUAAAACCCUUUAACCCCAUUCUCUACAAGAUGAAGAACUCAAAAGUGCUAUGGGAUCAUUGUAAAUAGUCAUUUUAAAAACUAGUCGUUAGCUGCUUUUUUUCAUCAUAAGACAAAUAUAUUUUGAUAAGUAGUACUGUUUUGAUCAUGCCAUGUUUUCAGCUGCUGAAUGAAUGCGUCAAUUUUUUUUUUUGUGGGGGGGAGUUAACAAGAGAAGUAAUUUUUCAGAUCCACUUUUGAGAUGGGAGACUGGACUUUUGGUCAGGGAUAUCAUCUAUAACAUUUCAAAUAAUACACAAACUUGCAUGAACUGGACAGAAAUCCAUCAAUGAACACUAAUAUAGUCUUUUAUAAUGUAGUGAUUCCAAAUAAAUGUGAACCUAUUUAAAAAAAUAUUAUGUAGCCAACAAAUUGUUUUUAGUUUUGUAAAUCAUCAUCAUUGUAAAUCAACUUCAUCAAAAAAAACUGUUUGAUGUAUGAUUGCAAAAAAUAUUUUUAUCUCGUGACAAAAUACUCUCAACGAAUUACACCAUGCAUGUUCUUUUCAAUCCUAUAAAAGGUCCUUUUUGAAGUCCUUGGCACCGUUUUAUGAAUGUACGGAAUAAUCUACUGAUAAAUCCAUUUUGUACUAUUUCCUAUAUGAAGUCUGUGUGCUUCACUACUGUACGUAAAAGAAACAUAAUAAAUGCGAGGCAUGCAGCCAUGGCAAAGCAA